AUGGAUCAUUGGGGAAACUCUCAUCGAGAGGAUGUUGCUCAACAUCAAGCGUUACCUCCUCAUGUAAAACCGAAAAAUGAGGCCAUUACACGAACUCAACAACCCAUAGUAACUGGUACUUCCGUGAUUGCCCUGAAGUAUAAGGACGGCGUGAUGUUGGCUGCAGACAAUUUGGCAUCCUACGGUUCGCUGGCCCGUUUUAGGGAUAUUGAGCGUAUUCACCCCGUAGGAGACUUCACGGUAAUAGGCGCAUCAGGAGAUAUCUCCGAUUACCAAUACACCAAGCGUAUUUUAGAUGAUUUGAUGGUCGAGGAAUAUUAUGCGAACGAUGGUCAUGUACUCG